CCCAUCGACCAGCGGAGGCACGGCGGUCACAGCGGGCGCGGCGCGUGGGGGCGCGGGGGUCACAGCGUGCGUGGCGCGUGGGGGGCGGGCGUCUGAGGGCGCCGCGGGGUCCUCCGGCUCCCCGGCAGCCCCCGCGCGCGGUGCAAGCUGGGGGAACAUGGCCGCUUCCGGUCUCCCUCCUGGGCCGGCGCGGGCCUGACCGCGGCCCCUGCCUGUCGCACUCCGCCCUGCGUUUCUCCAGCCCGGCAGCCGCGGAGGUCGCUGCAGGCUUUCUCUCCCGCUGCCUCCGCCGCGCCAUGGAGAAGAGCUCGAGUUGCGAGAGUCUUGGCUCCCAGCCGGCAGUAGCACGGCCACCCAGCGUGGAUUCCCUGUCCAGUUAAUGUGUUAAGAGCCGUUGACAUUUGAAGAUCAUCAGAAGUGAAGAUAAAACAUCUCAAAAAUUAUAAUUGCUUCCACUUCUCAUUCAGAGAAUUCAGUGCAUACAAAAUCAGCUUCUGUUGUAUCAUCGGAUUCCAUAUCAACUUCUGCAGAGAACUUUUCUCCUGAUUUGAGGUUCCCGAUAAAAUCUGUGCAUUUAUUCACUAACUCACUGCACUCUCUUGAAAUUUCCUGAGUGUUCCGGGGAAAAAGUAUCCAGUAAGACAUGGCCUCUGCCAGCAUGAAGCUUAGACUCAUGUAGUGGAAAAGGAGGUCCUGAGGGAGUCUAACAAAUUAGCAGAAAUGGAAGAACCACCCUUACUUCCAGGAGAAAAUAUUAAAGACAUGGCCAAAGAUGUAACUUAUAUAUGUCCAUUCACUGGUGCUGUACGAGGAACUCUGACUGUUACGAAUUACAGGUUAUAUUUCAAAAGCAUGGAACGGGAUCCCCCAUUUGUUUUAGAUGCUUCUCUUGGUGUUAUAAGCAGAGUAGAAAAAAUUGGUGGUGCUUCUAGUCGAGGUGAAAAUUCUUACGGACUUGAAACUGUGUGCAAGGAUAUUCGGAAUUUACGGUUUGCUCAUAAACCUGAGGGGCGAACAAGAAGAUCUAUAUUUGAGAAUCUAAUGAAAUAUGCAUUUCCUGUCUCUAAUAACCUGCCUCUUUUUGCUUUUGAGUACAAAGAAGUAUUCCCUGAAAACGGGUGGAAGCUAUAUGACUCUCUUUUAGAGUAUAGAAGGCAGGGAAUUCCAAAUGAAAGCUGGAGAAUAACAAAGAUAAAUGAACGGUAUGAGCUUUGUGAUACAUACCCCGCCCUCUUGGUUGUGCCGGCAAAUAUUCCUGAUGAAGAAUUAAAGAGAGUGGCGUCCUUCAGGUCACGGGGCCGUAUCCCAGUUUUAUCAUGGAUUCAUCCUGAAAGUCAAGCCACAAUCACUCGGUGUAGCCAGCCCAUGGUAGGGGUAAGUGGGAAGCGAAGCAAAGAAGAUGAAAAAUACCUUCAAGCCAUUAUGGACUCCAAUGCCCAAUCUCAUAAAAUGUUUAUAUUUGACGCCCGGCCAAGUGUUAAUGCUGUUGCCAAUAAGGCAAAAGGUGGAGGUUAUGAAAGUGAAGAUGCCUAUCAAAAUGCAGAACUAGUUUUUCUAGAUAUCCACAAUAUCCAUGUUAUGAGAGAAUCUUUACGAAAACUUAAGGAGAUUGUGUACCCCAACAUUGAGGAGACCCACUGGUUGUCUAACUUGGAAUCUACUCACUGGCUAGAACAUAUUAAGCUUAUUCUCGCAGGGGCUCUUAGGAUUGCUGACAAAGUAGAGUCAGGAAAGACGUCUGUGGUAGUCCACUGCAGUGAUGGCUGGGAUCGCACAGCUCAGCUGACCUCCCUGGCCAUGCUCAUGUUGGAUGGAUACUACCGAACCAUCCGAGGAUUUGAAGUCCUUGUGGAAAAAGAGUGGCUAAGCUUUGGACAUCGAUUUCAGCUUAGACUUGGCCAUGGAGACAAGAACCAUGCAGAUGCAGACAGAUCACCUGUUUUUCUUCAGUUUAUUGACUGUGUCUGGCAAAUGACAAGACAGUUUCCUACAGCAUUUGAAUUCAAUGAAUAUUUUCUCAUUACCAUUUUGGACCACCUAUAUAGCUGUUUGUUUGGAACAUUCCUCUGUAACAGUGAACAGCAGAGAGGAAAAGAGAAUCUUCCCAAAAGGACUGUGUCAUUGUGGUCUUACAUAAAUAGUCAGCUGGAGGACUUCACUAAUCCUCUCUAUGGGAGCUAUUCCAAUCAUGUCCUUUAUCCAGUAGCCAGCAUGCGCCACCUAGAGCUCUGGGUGGGAUACUACGUAAGGUGGAAUCCACGGAUGAAGCCACAGGAGCCCAUUCACAACAGAUAUAAAGAACUUCUUGCUAAACGAGCAGAGCUUCAGAAGAAAGUAGAGGAACUACAGAGAGAAAUUUCCAACCGAUCAACCUCAUCCUCGGAGAGAGCCGGUUCUCCUGCACAGUGUGUCACUCCUGUGCAGACUGUUGUGUGAGAGGACUACUGGAUGGGGCCAUCGGUCAUCGCCAUGAACUCUGAUUACAACGGCAGCUUCAUGAGGAGAAAGUUUCUGAAUACAGAACCCAUCUGUGAGAGAACUUAAGUCACUUUAUUUAUUUUAAAUCUCUCUAGGAUGAGUUUAGAACUGUAGCAGUGCAGGUGGUUUAAGUGAAAUAACCCCACAUGUAAUUACAUGAUUAUGACACUAAUCUUAUAAGUCACCCAAAGAAUAUUACAAUGCUUCAGUCCUGGAUCUACAGUGGGAACAAGUUUCUGAUUUUAAAAGGAAAAUGCUGUCUCAGAAAUUUUGGUGUAUGGUAAAAUCAAAACACAAACUACUUCAGAAAUACACUUCUUGAUGGAAGAGCACUCAUUGCACAGAAGGAGGAGCACCAGUUUUCAAACCAAACCAGUACUGACAUUUCAUGGCAUUAUACAUACUGGGCCUCAGUGUCAAUAAUCAAGAUCAUUUGAUGCUCCUUUCCCCAUCAUGGGUUUUUCCUUUUUGUAGUAAGUGAUUUACUUUCACCAUUCAAAACUCGUGUUCUUCAUGUAAUAAGGCAAAGUCUUGAGGAUAUUAUGGUGUAGUAAUAGUUGAAAAUUAUUGCUGUCAUUAUUUAUGUACUUAAUUUAAGAUGUAUUAGAUAGCUGUUCCAAAAUGAUGCCUUACAGAUGUGCUUGGGAGGAGGAUGGAGAGGAGAAAGUGGUAGCCGUCCAGGAUUUCAAAGAAUUCCACAUCCUUCAGAUUAGUUUCCAUUUGCACAAUUACUUGAAACAUA